UCCAAUUUUAUUUUUAGAAGACUGGCAGUGAGAGUUUCCACUAUUACUUUGUGUGAUCUGUCAAAUGUCCUUUCAAUUGCUAGAUAUCACAGCAAACACAAUUUAUACAGAAUAAGAAUCAUUUUGUUUAAAAAGCUUUCUCGCACAUUGACAAGAUGAGACCUUAUUUAGAAAUGGUAGAAAUGGGACUAAAACUACAAAAUUUAAAAGAGAUCAGCGAAUUUUUAAAGAAUGCUUUUGAAAAUAUUGACUUGAUCAAGGUCAAAUGUGAAUCAUGGAUUGAGGAAUUUGAAACGUCAUCGUACGAAGACAUAACACAGUUGAUUACAGACAAAACAUUAGAAGUACUUAAGAGAUGCUUAUCUAUGGCAAGUUCUCAAAUUGAAGCUUCAACUGCAGUGACUUCAUUGACAAAACAAGAAAGCAAAGAAAAACACAAUGAUACCUUGAAAAUGCCAAACACUUUUACUAAUGUUUCGCAGUAUCAAAGUUUAUCAGAGAAAUGUAUUCAGUUGAAAGCUAAUGAGACGUCUCAAAAUAAGAAAAUUCAGAAGCUCAAACAAAGACUUCAAAGUCAACUGGAAGUUAAUAAAUGUCUAAAGGAGAAACUAGACUCCAAAGGCAAUGAGAUACAAAAUAUGGAUACAAAACUGGUUGAGUUUAAACAAGAAUUUAUGAACGAGCUGACGUGUGCUAGCAAUUUUAUGUUACAACUACAAAGUCAUUGUCAAACUUUAUCAGAGCAAUUGGAAGCUAAGAAAGAGAAGGAAGAAAUACAAAAUAAAAAGACUGAAGUAUUGAGUAACAAGACAGACAUCAUUAGCCAAACUCAAGACUAUAUUAGUAAAAGUACUAAAGCCAUUGUACAACAACAAGGGGAGUUAAAUAAGAAGAUGGAAAUCAUCCAGAAAAAUCAGGAUUCAUUUGCCAAAUGUUCUACAAGGUUAGAAACUCUAGAAAAAGAAAUGAAGAAAUUGAAUGAAAUCUCAGAGACUAAACAUAAACAUGUCGAACAGACUAAUGAUGUCAGGAACAACGGAACAGAUACAUUAGAUAAAGUUGUUAAGAAAAUCAACACUUUGGAGGCACAGCUCAUCACAAUAACCAAAGUUUCUGCUAGAGUUGAGAGUCUAGAAAAUGAAAUAAUGAAAUUAAAUGGAAUUUCAGCUUUUAAAAACAAUUCUUUUAACGCUUAAUAUAAAUUUCAACUAAGGAAUAUUCAUUUUUUUCAAAAUAUUUUCUUUAAUGAAAGCAUUUAGAAAUAGUUACAAUAUAACAAUUAGUUUAAAUCAUUUUUAAAUAAAAAUAACAAUGCACCCAUACCUUCAGAAUGUCAUCCUAUAAAAUUAUUUUAAUUUAAGUUUAUUAUUAUUAUGAAAAACUUCAUUGUUAUUAUUAUUUAAAAGACGAUUUAAACUAAUUGUUUUACUGUACCUAUUUCUAAAUGCAUUCGUAAAAGAAAGUGGGAAGCGUGGUCAAGAGGCUAAGAUCAAGUGAACUUGUAUUGGCUUGGCUACCUAUGAAGAGGACUCCAGGUUCGACACCCGACUCGAGCAGUCUUAAGUUUACUGAACUAAAGGCAGCGCGGAAAAAAAAAAUCUCCCAGAUACUUUAGUGCUCUGAGCAUGCUAUAACCAUGAAAGUAGCGCUAUAUAAAAGCUAUACAUUAUUUUUUUAUUUUCAUGUCACGGUUUGCAGAAAAGAGUGCGUGACAAUAUCUAGCUGACAACCAAUACUAAAUCUCUGUACUGGACCUGUGAGAUCAUCACUCUGCUAUACGGUAGUAAAGCAAGGAAGGAAGGCAACAAGGAAAGGCUGAAUACCCUUCAUCUCUAACGCCUAAGGCGGAUUGUAAAGUUAAUAUGUCAAGAUAAAAUAGCCAUUGAGGAAGUGAUACGAAGAUAGGGUGUCAGGAGAUCCUCGCUUGUUAUCAGCAGCAGACGCCUUGGCUGGCUUAAACAUGUUGUCAGAUUUCCACAAAGUCGACUCCCACAAGACAUUUAGUACGUUGAUCUAACGGUGCCGCUAGUCUUCCACUUUAAAGGUAUACUAAUGUCUGCAAACGUGACAUGAAGCUCUUCAAAAUUGACACCAACUGAUGGGGAAAUGAGACACUGGAUAGACCUGGCAUAUGCCUCUGACAUAGAAGAAGAACGAAAGUGCUAUAGCGUCAGAUCAUUAGCGAUGUCCAACAUGUGACCGCAGCUGAGUAUUAAGGAUCUUUAGUCACAUGAGAAGUUGCAAAAGGAAAAUAUCGUGUCUCAAGACAUUAAAAUGCCUCAGCACUUCGGAAUGACAUCACAGUGGUCCUUUGUUCAAAGCGAUAGUUAUAAGGUUUCAACAUCCAGCUAACCAACUAGACAAGAAGACAAGAAUGUAAAACAACAUCCAGCUAACCAACUAGACAAGAAGACAAGAAUGUAAAACAACAUCCAGCUAACCAACUAGACAAGAAGACAAGAAUGUAAAACAACAUCCAGCUAACCAACUAGACAAGAAGACAAGAAUGUAAAACAACAUCCAGCUAACCAACUAGACAAGAAGACAAGAAUGUAAAACAACAUCCAGCUAACCAACUAGACAAGAAGACAAGAAUGUAAAACAACAUCCAGCUAACCAACUAGACAAGAAGACAAGAAUGUAAAAGACUUACUCCUUAGAAAGAACGAAGCUACUAUAAGCGCAUCCAAAAAAAUAGUUCUUCAAUAAAUGACCACGACAAGAAGACAAAAACCAAUUUAAAGUCUUCAUGCAUUUGUACGAUCUCUUCCCAUUACUUUUUACAAAGCUUAUUUCAACUCUGUCUGUCUGUCUGUCUGGUUAAAAAUUUGUACACGUUAUUUCUCUCACAUCCAUUCUCGGAUCAAGUUAAAACUUUACACAAUUAUUCAUUGGCGUAGACAAGACAAGAAUCAUAAAAAGAUAAAUUAACGCAUUAGACAAUGAAUUUAUGUUUAUUUAUCAUUAUGUACGAGAACAUAUCUAUAUUAUAAAGUAGAAUGUGAGGUGUAUGUAUGUAUGUAUGUAUGUAUAGAUGUAUGUUACUUAUAGACAUCAAAACCGCUUGGCCAAUCUUGAUUAAACUAGGCAGGAAUGUUCCUUGGGUACUAACUUAGACCGUAGUGUGUGUAUUGUAGCCCUAAAACAAACUGAAGACCCUCAAAAAAAAUAAAGUUGUCCGACUCUAUUACAGCUAUAGUAUUUUAUGGAUCUAGGCCAUGUCUACAAUGUUGACAUGAGAAAAGAUAGAAAGGAUUUAGACCUAGAUCUAAUUUUAAGAAAUACACUUUGCGCAGAUAGUUUUUUACUUUGACACAUGAAAAUACAAAAGAAGAUCCAUUGAUUUCAUUAUAUAAUCAAAUUAACCUUCAAUUUUGUGUUUCAAAAGCAUUUUUUACAUAAAUUAGUUCCUUAUAUCUGUGACUACAGAUUUCCUGACGAACAUUCUUUCAUUAGACAUGAAUCGCGUACUAAAUAUUAAUUCGUUUAAUUGUUUAUUUUAUAAUCCCUUUCCUAGAUCUAAAACUCUAAUUCAACACUAAGAUGAUAAAACUUCUCUUCGCACAGAUAGUUUUAUACUUUAACACAUACACAUAUUAAUUAAAGUCCAUUCAUUUCAUAUUUUGAUCAAAUAAACAUUCAAAUUUGGUUUUCUAAAGCUACAUUCGUUUACAAAAGCUGCGAAGCCGAGUUGAGAUAGGCCUAGAUCUAUAUUCAUUCAUGAAUCGCGUACUAAAAAUUAUUUCGUUUAAUUGUUCACUUUAUAAUCCCAUUCAUUUAACAAAGCUAUCGCUCUUUUCGUUUUUAAUAGAUAUGAAUGUAUCGACUUCGGGUAAACCCAUUUUCGCAAAACUAAUUUUAUUUUCGUAGCGAAAGAGAAAUAACGUGAAAAGAUCAUUAGCUACGUUUAACAUACAUCUAAAUCCAAUCCACUAGAUUAUCCAAAAGCAUUUUUUACAUAAAUUAGUUCCUGAUAUCUGUGACUACAGAUUUCCUGGCGAACAUUAUUUCAUUAGACAUUACCAAAUGGUUACACAUUAACACAUCUCUCUACUGAGUUUAUUCCUAGGCCUAGGUCUAAAACUCUUAUUGAACUCUAAGAUGAUAAAACUUCUUUUCGCAAAGAUAGUUUUAUGCUUUAACACAUAAACAUACUAAUUAUUGUCCAUUCAUUUCAUAUUUUAAUCAAAUUAAAAUUCAAAUUUGUUUUUCUAAAGCAUUUUUAAUACAUUCGUUCGCUGUUCGCUAAAGCUGCGUAGCCGUGUUGAGAUAGGCCUAUAUUCAUUCAUGAAAAAAAGUUCACGCAUGCGGAGCUCAGAAUGAACUCUAUAAAAGCCAAUUUUUAACUCUAGAUUAGUGUAGAUUUAGAUCUAUGUCUACCUCAAGAUCUACUUUAUACUUUAUACACAUGAACAUACAAAAUUUAGUCUAUUCAUCUCAAAUUUUAAUCAAAUAUAUGUAGGCCUACAAGCAAAUGUUUUAAUUUGAAAAAAAAAAUGGAUUCAAGCCUAUUAGCUAUUUUGAUUUGAUAGCUUCAUUCACACUAUUUUUACAUUGACACAUUCGCUUUACUUAUUACAUUAUUAUUUCGUUUCAUUUUUACAAAACACCCUCAGUGACUAUAUCGAAAGUAAUGCGCAAAUAAAGACCCGAGGGUCGCGGGUAACACAUGUCUAGUAUAUAAUAUAUGUCGGCCUUUUCCCUUAAAUAAUUGUACACUUUUUUUCUCCACACGCAUUCUCGGAUCAAGUUGAAACAUCAAAAAAAAAUAUUAAGUUUACGUAACAAAACAUGAAUUUAUUACAAAAUAACCCAAUUAGUCAAUUUUUUUUUUUGGCCUGGGAAAUAAAUUUUAUAUUCUUGAUAGAUAUAGUUUUAAGUGCGGAGUUCUUGAUCUUAAAUAAGCUUUUUUUAAAAGGAUUGUUUAUAUUUAUCUUGAUUAAGUUUCAUUUUAAAAAUAUGUAUUUGUUGGAUAUAUAUAUAUAUCGAAUCAAUAUCGAUAUUUAUAUAAUAAAUUUUAUAUAUAAUUUUUUUAAACAGAUAAAAAUGUACCUGGCACCUACAACUAAACACUUAACUAUAGAUUAUUCAAUCGUAUUUUCAAUAGUUUUUCCAGGUUUUGGAUCUAAAUGUACGUGUACUCUUUGGGAGGCUGCUAACAAAAUAUUUAUUUCAUUGCAUAUAUGUUAUGUGUACAUUCAUGUUUCUUAAUAAACGAUAACGGCAACA